AUAUUGUCAUGCACCCAAAUUAGAGAGCAAAACCCAAUAUUUUUAGUCAACUCCGCUCCCCUCGUAGCGAUCACCCUCAGUUCAUCCUCUCUCUCUCUCACAAUCUACCAAAAAUGCAAAACAAGGCAGCUGUUGAAGCUAUGUACAAGGCGUUGGCACAGGGCCAAACAGACACAGUGGGAAAGCUUCUAGCCAGUGACCUAGAAUGGUGGUUCCAUGGCCCCCCAAAGAGCCAGCAUAUGAUGCGCGUGCUCACGGGGGAUUCCAGCCACACUGACUUCAGGUUCGAGCCCAGAAGCAUCACAGAGAUUGGUGGUGGUGUGAUCAUUGCUGAGGGAUGGGAAGGGGCAAAGGCCUACUGGGUCCACGUGUGGACCCUCAAAGAUGGGUUGAUCACUCAGUUCAGGGAGUAUUUUAACACGUGGCUGACUGUAAAGGAUCUGAAGCCGGAGGGAUGGGAGAGCUUCACUGUGUGGCAAAGCAUGCCGAGGGACCUGUUCCACCGCUCCUUGCCAACCCUAUUGCUUGCUAUUUAGAAUUUUAGUUAAGAGUCUUUGAUGUUGUGAAUUAGCAAGAAAAAAUAUGGGUUUUGAGAAAAAUAAAGGGUGCUUGUGGUUUGUA